CUUGCGGUGCUGCGCGGGAGCGUGUAAGAGCUUCCCUCCGAGCCGUCGGCCGCCAUGAGGAGGGCCGCGCCGCCGCCGUCCUUCAGCAGCUCGGAGGGCGAAGAGCCGCUCAGCCCUUCCAGCUGCUCCUUCCCCUCUUCCCGGCGCGGCUUCCGCGAGGAGGAGGAGGGGGACGAGGAGGAGGAGGAGGAGGAGGAGGAGGAGGAGGAGGAGAGGCCCGGUUCGCUCUCGAAUACGGCCUCCCGUUGGGGAGUGAGCAGGAAGGAUGAUGACUCUGAAAUAACAGAAGCAAAUGAGCGCUCGCCUUUGAAAGAUCGUCUUUCACCAUGGGAAGAAUGGUUCAUUGGAAAAGAGAAGGAACUACGUGCCCACUUACAAGCUAGAGCUGCAGAGGAGAUGAAUAUACAACUUGAGAAAAUGAAGGAAAAGGAAGAAUUUGAGAGACGGAAAAGGACAGCUGAAAAGAAGCUCAGAGAAUGGAUGGAAAAAAAAAGAGAAGAGGAAAAGAGGGAAAGAGAACGAAAAUUGAGCAAAGAAAUGGCAGAGAAAGCCACAAAGGAACUAGAAAAAAUGCAGUUACAAGAAAAGGCUGAAGUGAAGUAUAAUGAAUGGUUAAAGAAGAAGAGAGCUGAAGAGUCAGAAAAGAGGAAGAAAGAGAAGGAAAAAGAAAAAGAAAGGCAGGCUGAGCUGCAAAAGAAGAAAGAGAGAGCAGAGAAGAUCUUUAAUGAAUGGCUACGUAAUGCUAGAAAUAAACCACGCCCUGUAUUAAAUGGUUAUGGCUUUCCACAUGGGAAGUCUGCAGGGCGUCCUGAUGGGAAUUCAUAUCCAGCUCCAGCAUAUUGCAACCCCAUUCCUUGGAAACCAGUACACAUUCCUCCUCCAAAGGAAGAAAGUGCUCUUACCAUGAAGAACAGUAAGAGAUCUGUAUCUUGUCGGUCACAUAAGUUUUCACCUACAGUAAUAUAUAAACCCAAGAACAACCUUUGUGUACAAUCCUCUCAUAGAAAGUAGUUACAGCACAGAAAGCAAAGUCUUUCUUAUGAGCUUGAGAGAGCUGGAACAUAAGUGUAAAGUUAUACGUACAAACUUGUCUCCUUUUUUUGUUGUUGUUGUGACCAGGUUUUGUAUUUGAAGGUGACUGACUGAUCACAUUGUUAAGGGCUUUUGUGUAUUGAUUUCAAUGUGUUUUUCUUUUUUUAAAGUGACAUUUAGCAAUUUUAAUGGAACUGUACUUCAAUAUCAAUAAAGCAUACGGGAUUGUUGCUGUCCUCA